UUCGAGACAAGUCGAUUGCAUUAGAAAAUGGCGUCCGCAUAGUUGUGGUUUACGUCGCUGACUACGCACCGCGGUCAAUGCCAGCGGAUCACAGCUGCCUCCGUCUCAAAUAGCGCCGGGAACACCGUGUUCACGAUGUAUAGAUGAUUAGAUGCCAUGCUGCGACGUAUAUUUACUAAACGAAGAUAAUGGAGCGGAACGCGCGAGAUCUCGAUAGUAACGAUAUGGAGGGCUCCACUAGCGGUCAGCAGCGACUUUCGGACGCUGCUACGAGCGACAGUGAGAGCGAUUUGAAUGCUCAGGAGAUAGAUAAACAUGGUUCUUCAUCUGAGUCUGAGUCUUCAGGGGAAUCAGAUAGUUCUAUUGAGAUUAGGCAUAGGAAAACAAAAACUGCUUUGAUUGAUAGUGAUUCAGAUAAUUCCGAAUCUGAUUGGGAAAUAUCACCUUCCAAGCGUAGCAGACUUCCGCAACUGUCCGGCGAAUCGUCGUCGUCCGAAAGCGACGGGCAGUCGGACAAGUGCCCGAUUUGUCUUGCCAGAUUCAAAGGACAAGAAAUCGGCCUGCCGGAUUCUUGCGAGCACAGUUUUUGCUACGAAUGCAUCCUGGAAUGGUCAAAGAAUGUAACGACGUGUCCAAUAGACAGGAAACAGUUUCAGCUUAUUCUUAUCAAAAAGCACCUCGAUGGGAGCGUAGUUCGUCAAAUACCGGUGCAAGCGCAACAAGCGGCGGAACCGGAUGUGGAACUGGUGGAUCCGACUUUCUGCGAGAUCUGUCACGCUUGCGACCGAGAAGAUCGUAUGCUGCUCUGCGAUGGAUGUGAUCUUGGUUUUCAUCUGGAAUGCUUAACUCCACCGCUUGAGAAUGUACCAGUCGGCAGUUGGCUUUGUCCUGAUUGCGGACCCGAGGAUUUGCAGGAUAUCACGAUCUAUGUCAACGAAUUGGAGGUGUUGUAUCAUGAUGCUGAAGAGUUUGGAGCUCCUGCUAACGCACGUCGUGUACAACCGAGUAACAACAUCGUGCCUCGAACAAGACAAAGUGAUCGUAUCCGAGCGAGAAUCAUCUCGAAUCGGCAGAAUAAUAGAAUAUCCACCGUUGUCGGACAUAAUAAUAUUCAAGUUACAGUAGAUCAGGUCGAUCAACCAUCAACUUCACGUCGUACUUCGACUACCGCAAGUGUUACGCAAUCGCGGCAUCGUUCCACCACACGUAGAACAACUACAACCAAGAAGAGAAGAAAGAAGCGAAAGGCGCGUAAGCCUCGUAUAAAAAUCACCUACGAAAUAGACGAAGCGACCGGAAAGAAAAUCGUCAUCGAAACAAAGUCGUAUUGUAAGUCAAAAGCACGUAAACGAAAGCGUAGAAAAAUUCGAAAACGGUUAACGAGAGCAGCUGCAGACACCAAAACGACAAAGCGUCGUCUCGCGAAACAUUUUGGCAUCUGCGCUCCUAAGAAACCCGGACAAACUCUCCCCGACGUGCGUAUCCCCUGUGAGAAUAAAAAUUUAAGUUACAUGCGUUAUCAAGCGGGUAUUCCAUCGCUCAGUCUCUUCGGCAAUGCGAAUGACAUUGACUAUUUUUCUGGAUCAGAUGAUAAUGAUGAAGGGGAUGGUGGUGCGAGUGGUAGCGGUGUACUCGUGCGACGGCGUCCAAAUAUGAACGAUGUUGCGGUUUUGCGGCGUAGCGCAGCGAGGAAAUCGCAUUUAUUACCAUCCGCGGUCCAAACACAAACUUCAUCAAGUAUUGACCUUCUUGGUAGUAUAAUGGACUCUCAGGAAAAAAUGCAUUCGAAACACUCGGUAUUAUCGUUGAAUAAAGAUGGUUCAUUAAAAAUUGACACGAAUAAGAACUCGAAUAGCGAAACGAAUAGGAAUGGUGUGAAUGUGAAUGAUCGGCGCCAUAUUCGUGGAAGAAAUGUCCCAACUUAUUCCACGAAUGACAAUCCGGCUAAUAUUGCGAAUGUGAACUCUCCGCAAGAGUACCGCUCCGAUAAUAGAGUCGCGACUAGUUCAGCGACGAUUUCGAAUGAUUCUGUAUCCACUUCUACUGUAAGCAGCCGUGGUGAUGGCGGCAAUUCAACGACAAAUUCCAGUAUUGGUGGCGGGAAUUGUCCGGAAACAGAUACUGGAAUGGAUCCGUAUAGUGAUAUUGAAACUGUGAGCACCAGUAAGGUGGAGGCGGAAGAUUCGGAUAAGGAUGAAUCCGAAGAUGUGAUAAAAGACGCUCAAGAAGAGGACGUCUCCAGUACGACGAAUGUUAUAACCCAUGAUCAUGGUAGGGUUGACGAACCGAUUGAGGAUACAGAUGAUGAAGAAUGUCCCAAUUUCAGUAUCUAUUCGAAAGAUACGAUUAAUUUAGUUGCGAAUCGUAGUUUAGAGCAUAAUGAAGUCGGGUCCAGUUUGGAUGUGAGUAAACAGGAUCAGGAUCAAGAUCAAGACCAAGAUGAUAUUCCACCACCUCCUACAACUGAUGAUGAUGAAGACGACGAAGGUGAUGGUGAAGAUAAAACAGAUCAAGCAGUUGAAUUGAAUGCAGACGUAGAAGACGUUGAAAUCAAUGAUGAACAUCACGAUGUAAAGGAUAACUCGAAGCUGAAUGAUCUCUACAGUGAUUCGGAUGAAGAAGUGGUGAAAACGGACGCGAGAUCUUUUGGAAUCGGAGAUAUCAGAGAUAUCACUGAAGAUAUAAGUGAUGAAGAACGCAGCUAUACGCCUUGUCUGGAUGAAAGAGGUCCUAUCCGCGAAGGGCUUGAAGGGCUAGACACCGAAGCUAUCUCAGAGGAUGAAAAGAACGAUUUUGAUGAGUCCCAUGAACACAAAACGAUAUCCGAAGGAGGCGACGCUUUGGAAAUCAACGCGAAGGAAUCAGAAUUGGAUUUUACGAAACCCGAAGAUUAUGAAGAAGGUGAGAUCAUUGAUAAGCUCAAGAAGUUGGAGAAGGAAAAAGAGAAGGCUAAAGAGGAAAGUUCCGGCAAAUCAAGUACUACUAACAAAACGAAAGAAGUCAAGAAGAAGGAUAAAGAAAAUAGCGCUCCGGUUGAAAAGGAACCCACGGCUUCCUUCAAACGCAUCACCAAGAACACCAAUAGAAACUAUAGAGAUAAGGAUCGUUCACGGAGUCAUUCAAGGGAAAAGAAUAAAGAGAAUGAACGUGAUAAGAAACGUGAGCGUAAGAAGGAGAAACGGAAAGAGCUCGAGAGAUACAACGUGCGGAAUCUCGUCUCUGACAAACCAAGAAAAACCAAUAAGGAUAAAUUCGGUCGAGAUGCUCGACGUAGAUCCACAUCCAGGUCUUCCCGCAGUCCCAGCUACAGCCCACCAUAUAGAUCCCCGUCCCGUGGAAGGAGAUCUUUUUCAAGAGAACGAAGAAAAAGACGUGGGCGAUCACGAGCUAGAUCCACAUCCAGAUCCCGAUCAAGAUCACGUUCUAGAAAGCGCUCGGCUUCGAGGAAGAGACGGUCCAUAAGCCGCCCAAAACGUCGCAGGUCAUCAGCAGAUGAGAAGAAACGUGAGCGGAAGAAGCGCACCCCGAGUAGACACAGAUCUCGAUCACGAUCGCGUUCACAUAGCCCAACAAGACGGCACCGUGAAUGGGAACGGGAACCACAAGCUCGGCCACGGUGGUCGCCAUCUUUGUCCAGGUCGAGGACUCCCGAACGCAAGGCGUCGCCAUCGUGGACCCCACCCAGGAUGCACGAAAGUACAGCUGUGAAACCGCAUAACUUGACUGUAAUUUUAACCAACGAUGGGAAUAAAUCCAAGAAGAAGGAUAAGAAGCGCAGUGAGAAGAGGAAGAAAGAGGGCGCUUCUGAUAAGAGUAAAAAGCGAAAACGUGAUAAAACCCCACUGCCCAGUAAGGAGGUGUUUGCAUCGGGGGAUAACAUUCUUGUGAGCGUUAGUUUCAAUAAAGAGGCUGAGGAGUUGGGUAAACGGACAACGAAACAAACUCGAGCUGUGGAUGAUGAGAUUAGUACGAAACGUACGCGGAAAGAAAAGGAGAAACGCCAUGAACGUACCAGAACACCUCCACCUCCCGUUGCGACCAAGACCAAAAAGAAAAAGACACCUCAACAAGAUCUAAGUGGAGUUAAACCAGUUGCGAUUAUAGAUUUGGAUAGAUCUCCGUUCAAGGAGUUGACACCGUCUCCAAAGGAUGUUAUCGUGUUGAGUGACAGCGAUCAUAGUCCGGAGAAAGCAGUCCCCGAUUCAAGUCAACAGACUGAUUACUCAAUGGGCCCAAAAACACCACCAGAACCUCAGGUUAAAUUCUCACUGGCAACUAAGGCUCCUCAGCUAAGACAGAUCUCCAAUCCUCUGCAUGAUCCAGAUGAAGAAAAUGAAGAGACUGAGAUUGAUCCUCAGGACGAGUUGGAGCAGAGACUUAACGAUGCUUUGCAUAAAGGACCCAACACUCCUUCCGAACCACCAAACUCUCCACCUAGUAGCCCCGACGCUUAUGAUCCUUUUGAUCCGACCAAGUCACGAUCACCCACACCGGAAGCAGAGGAUACACAACCAGGACCACAGGAUCUUGAUGAUUCUCAUUCGCCCGAUGAAGAACGAGAGAUGCCCUUGAGUAAAACGCCUGAUAUUGGUAUUGCAAAAUCACACACGCCUCCACUCGCGGAUAUACAACCCGCUGAUUCUCAGACCAAUACCCAGAUGUGUUUGGGUGGUAGUACAACACCGGAGGAAAGUGAUAAGCAAGGUCAACUUGCACCGACUGCGAUUGCUCAGGGUAACUCACCCAUAUUCUCAUCGAAAGUUAAAACUACUGUAAGUGCAGCUGCCUCCACUCCCACGUCUUCAAUCACGACCGCUCCAAGGGUUAACAUCUUAAACUCGACGAUUAUUACGCCGAUCCUUCCGGCGAAACCUUCUCCCACAAAGGCUUCUGUGAAGAUGAUGCCCAAACGUAUUCCGAGCACUAACGCACCGAAACUUCCGAAACCCGCUCCUAAAAUGAAAAAUAAUCGGAGUACAGACUCGAAUGAUUCCAAUAUGGAUCUAGAUUCGCCGUACUCGCCUGGUCCUAGCGAUUUUGAGGACUUGUUUGAACCGCCUACAGAACACAAAAAUAAACCGAAACCUGCACCGCCGCCUCCAGUGCAGCAGCAGUCGCAGCCGCCGACAAAGGCUAGCACCAAACAAACGUUUGAUAAUCUUUUCGGAUCGCCGGGGAACAAAAGUAAGAGUAAGAUUGAUAAGAGUAAAAAACCGACGCAUGCAAAGAUCAAACAGGUUGGGCUCAAGUUUGAUGAGGACAGUUUGAAAAUUCUUGAUGAAUUGCCGAAUUCUGCGGUGGAGAUGCAAGUCAAAGACAAGUAUUUGAAGAAACUUAAUCGCCAAGAACGCGUUGUUGAAGAAGUCAAGCUUGUGCUUAAACCGCACUACAAUAAAAAACAUAUUAAUAAAGAUGAAUAUAAGGAUAUUCUACGACGAGCUGUGCCAAAGAUUUGUCACAAUAAGGCCGGUGAAAUUAACCCGAAGAAGAUUCAGAAUCUGGUGGAGGCGUACGUGAAGAAGGUGCGACACACGAAGAAGGUAUCCAGCAGCAGCUCAGUCAGCGCGCAGAAAUAAAGUUAGUUUUAAUUUGCAAUUGCGCUCUGACCGCGCCUCCCGUAUUUAAUUUGUAAAUAUCAUAAAUUUAUCUCGAGAUACAGACACGCAAAACAUACACAUGCCGUGGUAAAAAUUACUUAGCAUAGAUAUUUUAUUUAUAAAAUCAACACUUAGUGCAGUAGUGAUUGCAUUAGAUUCCGAUUGUGUUUUAAUUAACUAGGGUAAUAAAACAGACAUUUAUAAAUGAUAA